GAAGAUCUUCUGGCAGAAAAACAAACAUCUCCUUAGGGGGUGAGAGGGAUAUGGGGGUGGGGGUUGACCUUUUAUAUUGUGUACCAGGUGUACAAAAUCUCGGUACACAUAGCAUUUUCCUUUUUUUUUACAUAUAAUAACAGAAAAAUCUCUUCAGAAUUCCAAAUCAGAUCUGAUUGGGUGGCCGAAAGAGCGACGACAACAUGGAUGAAGAGGAGCACGAGGUCUACGGAGGAGAAAUCCCCGUCGAAGGCGAAGAAAUCGAGCAUCACGGCGCCGAUGUCGAUAUGGCGGCCGCCGACGAUGACGCCGUCAAGCUCCAGGAAUUGGAUGAGAUGAAGAAGCGGCUGAAGGAGAUGGAGGACGAGGCUGCUGCUCUUCGGGAGAUGCAAGCCAAAGUUGAGAAGGAGAUGGGCGCUGCUCAAGAUCCGGCAAGUGCUGCUUCUCAGGCAAACAAGGAAGAACUUGAUUCACGAUCAAUCUUUGUGGGCAAUGUUGAUUAUGCAUGCACACCAGAGGAAGUUCAGCAGCACUUCCAGACAUGCGGUACUGUGAAUCGAGUUACUAUUCUAACAGAUAAGUUUGGUCAGCCUAAAGGCUUUGCAUAUGUGGAGUUUCUUGAGCAAGAAGCCGUUCAGGAGGCACUUCAGUUGAAUGAGUCUGAGCUGCAUGCACGUCAGUUGAAGGUCAUGCCCAAGAGAACCAAUGUUCCCGGAAUGAAACAAUUUCGAGGAAGACGAUUCAAUCCUUAUAUGGGGGGAUACAGGUUUAGGAGGCCUUAUGUACCUGCUCCAUACUUCUACCCCCCUUAUGGAUAUGGGAAGGUGCCUAGGUUCAGGAGACCAUCGCCAUACACUCCAUACUGAAGAAGCAAGACAUAAAAGAACAUAUGUGUAACCACUUGGCUUUCAUUAUUAAGCCUUCUGUUCUUUGUGCCAUUUAAUAAUGUUAACCCACGCCUAUCCCUUACAAUUUCCUCUUUUUCCCCCUGGUGAACUUUAUAUAUAUAUUUGGUCAUCUUUCUGUACCUUGGAGAAUUUUCCUCAUAGUUUGAAGAACAUUUUAUUCAUCCACCCUUUCCUGUUAAUUUUACCUAGCAGUAAAAGUCUUCAUUUUGG